GGGAGGAGGGAGCAGAGGAGGCCGUCUAAGGCAGUCCUUCCGGAAAGUCUUAGGCCUGGGGGUUGUGGACUUGUCCCAUUGUCUGCAAGAUAUUUGCAGAGCGAGUCGGUGACAACGUAAACCACAGCUGGGGCGGUUUCCUGGGAGACCAGAAGGCGAUGGAGGCUGGAGAGGAAAUGGAGCGAGUCGUGAAAAAAAGGCAAGUCCUGCUGUUCUUUGUUUUGCUGGGCAUAGCUCAGGCUGGGUCCACAAUUAGGCGCUACUCCGUGGAGGAGGAAGCGGAGAACGGCCUUUUUGUGGCAAAUUUGUUAAAAGACCUGGGGCUGGAGGUAAAGGAACUCGCUGCGCGGGGACCACGAGUCAUUUCCAAAGGGAAAAAAUUGAACUUAGAAUUCAAGAGGCAAACGGGGGAUUUGUUGUUAAGGGAGAAAGUGGACAGGGAGGAGCUUUGCGGACCCGCCGAGCCCUGUGUGGUACCUUUCCAGGUGUUACUGGAAAACCCUUUGCAGAUUUUACAGGCUGAGCUACAGAUUAGGGACAUAAACGAUCAUUCUCCCGUUUUUCUGGACAAAGAAAUCAUCUUGAAAAUUUCAGAAACUACUGCUUCCGGUACCACUUUCCUAAUAGAAAGUGCACAAGACUUAGAUGUGGGAAACAACAGUCUCCAAACGUACACAAUCAGCCCCAAUUUCUAUUUUCAUCUUAAACUACAAGACCGUCCUGAUGGCUCGGUGUUGCCACUGCUGGUUCUAGACAAAGUGCUGGAUCGAGAGGAACGAUCUGAAAUCAGGUUAAUCCUCACGGCGCUGGAUGGUGGGAGCCCACCCAGGUCUGGCACCGCCCAGGUCCUUAUUGAAGUCUUGGACAUCAAUGACAACGCCCCCUCAUUUUCAAAGCCUCGCUAUGAGGUUCAGGUCCCGGAGAACAGUCCUGUUGGAUCCCUGCUUGCUACUGUCUCUGCUAGGGAUUUAGACAUUGGAGACCAUGGACAAAUAGCGUACAGCUUUUCCCAAGCUUCAGAAGACAUUCGGAAAACAUUUCGAAUGAACACAACAUCCGGAGAAAUCCUUUUAGCAAAGACACUGGAUUUCGAAUCUACCCAGGCAUAUACAGUAUAUGUUCAGGCUACAGAUGGUGGGGGACUUUCUGGAAGCACUGUGGUGUUUGUCGAAGUAAUGGAUUUGAAUGACAACCCUCCAGAGCUGACUAUGUCCUCACUUACCAAUCACAUCCCAGAAAACGCCCCGGAAACCGUAGUUGCUGUGUUCAGUGUUGCAGAUCCUGACUCUGGAGACAAUGGGAAAAUGGUUUGCUCCAUCCAGGAGGAUCUUCCUUUUAUUCUAAAACCUUCAGUUGAGAACUUUUACACUGUUAUGACAAACACAGCCCUGGACCGAGAGACCAGAUCACAGUACAACAUCACCAUCUCUGUCUCCGACAUGGGCACACCCAGGCUCACAACCCAGCACACCAUAACAGUGCAGGUAUCAGAUAUCAACGACAACGCCCCGACCUUCACCCAAACCUCCUACACUGUGUUCGUCCAAGAGAACAACAGCCCCGCCCUGCACAUAGGCACCAUCAGCGCCACAGACUCAGACUCUGGCUCCAACGCCCAAAUCACCUAUUCGCUGCUGCUGCCCCAGGACCCGCAGCUGGCACUCGCCUCACUGGUUUCCAUCAAUGCUGACAACGGGCAGCUGUUCGCGCUGAGGGCGCUGGACUAUGAGGUCCUGCAGGCCUUCGAGUUCCACGUGGGCGCUACAGAUCAAGGUUCGCCCUCCCUCAGCAGCCACACGCUGGUCCGAGUCCUGGUGCUGGACGACAACGACAAUGCGCCCUUUGCGCUCUACCCUCUGCAGAACGCCUCUGCUCCCUGCACUGAGCUGCUGCCCAGAGUGGCAGAGCCUGGCUACUUGGUCACUAAGGUGGUGGCUGUAGACCGUGACUCUGGCCAGAACGCCUGGCUGUCUUUCCAGUUGCUCAAAGCCACCGAGCCCGGGCUGUUCAGCGUUUGGGCUCACAAUGGUGAGGUGCGCACCACCAGGCUGCUGAGCGAGCGCGAUGCAACCAAGCACAGGCUGCUGCUGCUGGUCAAAGACAAUGGCGAGCCUCCACGCUCUGCUAGCGUCACACUGCACGUGCUGGUGGUGGAUGGCUUCUCGCAACCCUACCUGCCUCUGCCAGAGGUGGCGCCCGACCCUACACAGGAUGACGAUGUGCUCACACUGUACCUGGUCAUUGCCUUGGCAUCUGUGUCUUCACUCUUUCUGUUGUCUGUGCUGCUGUUCGUGGGGGUGAGAGUGUGCAGGAGGGACAGAGCGACCUCGAUGGGUGGCUGCUCUAUACCCGAAGGCCACUUUCCUGGACACCUGGUAGAUGUCAGCGGGGCGGGGACCCUGUCCCAGAGCUACCAGUAUGAGGUGUGUUUGACUGGAGAUGCUGGGACCCCAGAUUUUAAAUUCCUGAAGCCAGUUAUCCCCAACUUCCUUCUUCAGAGUUCAGAAAGAGAGAAUGAUACAAACCCCAGUUACAGAAAUAGUUUUGAAUUCAGUUAAGUAUUGGUGAGGACAUACGGAGUCUAGUCUCAGCUAAAACGUGAAAGGUUUGAUUUUACUGCUUUGACAAGUGAAGGUAUCUCUUCUUUGAAAGUAACUAUCUUAUUCUAAUUCUUUGCAUGUUCCUUGUAGUUCUAAAUAAGUAAGGUAUGUGGAAUAAGGAAUUUAAAUUUCACAUGUAUUCCAACUUUGAUUAGUCUUGUAAUUUUAUUUUGACUUAUAAUGUAAAAGUAAAAAUUGGGUUUUCAUAAAUUUUUUUUUUCA